UUUUACCGCCAAGAAAAUCAUUCAUUACCCAUAGUGCUUCUUUGUUUAAUUUCAGGGAAGGAUAAUGGAGAAGUGCUGGCAACCCCUUCUAUUACUGCUGUUGGUUGCAGUGGCAGCUUUAAAUACACAUGGAAGUAAUGCUGCGGUUGUGAAAGAAGACAAACUGCAGGUAAAGAAAAUUACCAACAAGCCUCUUCAAGUCAUCCCUCAUAGCAGCAACAGUUCCUCUGUUACAAAACUGUUGAUUGAGGGGAGCCUGAUUACUCUGAACGAGGCUGACAGACUGGCCCUGGGCAGUUAUCCUGCUUUGAUAGAACUCCAUCUGGACGGUAACAGAGUGAGCAGUAUACCGGCAAAGUACUUCUCUGUGGUGCCCCACCUCAAAGUGCUGUCUCUGUCUAAGAACAACAUCAGCAGUCUGGACCCAGAGUCUUUUUCUGGCCUGGAUUUCCUGACGGAGCUGGACCUGUCCAACAACCUGCUGACAAGCCUCCCUACACAGCUAUUCAGAGGGCUCUCCAAUCUACAGAUGCUCAGCCUUCAGGGAAACCCCUGGAACUGUUCCUGUCCACUGCUGAGCACCAUUGAAGAGGUCAAAGCAAUAGGAGUUACCAUUGGCUCCAAGGAGGGACCAAAAGUCAUCUGUGCUUCUCUGGAAAACCAAGCUGGAAGGGAUUUUUUGGAGGCUACAGCUGCAUGUUACCCAUCACCACCAACCACUAUCACCACGCACCCACAAAAACUACCAGCUGUCAGUGUGAAGAAGUCAUGGGGCUCAUCCAUUAUGCUGAAGACAGCAUCAAACCAGACCAAGGACAUCAAUAAAGGCCCAGCACCAGUGUCUGGCAACACAUGGAAGUUUGCAGCGUGUGUUGCAGUCUUGGCACUAUGCACAUGCAUGCUCAUCGUAUGCGCAAUAAAGGGGCCUUCCUGGUACAAGCUCUUCCACAACUACCGUCAUCGGCGGCUGCACAGCAUUGAGGAUGAGACCGGCGUUGUGUCCACAGUUUUCUCAAAGACAGGAAGACACCUCAAACAUCAGACUUUCACCUUUGAGCGAGAGAACGGGCAGAUGAAGGAGGUAGAAGAGGAAGAGGAUGGGUAUUUUGAGGACCCGUACAUCAAGACUGAAGAGUGACAUGCAGGAGCGGACACUUCAGCAGAAACAUGAAGACACAAAGGGGAUCAGUGAACCCUAAAAACUAUGUGCUGGGGGGUGGUUGUAUGUGCUAAUAGGUUAUUUUACCCUUGAAAUAUCAUUGUACUAUUUAUUUUCUAAGCAUCAUAUAGGUUCUAUCAUUCUUAGGGUGACUUGUAUUUUGUCCUGGUUCUGUUGCUCCUAUUUCUAUUAUGUUCUAAUGUUGGAUGCCAAGUAAUCAAACUCUUAAAAGGUGGGAUUUCAGAAGCUCAAUGACUUUAAACAUGGCACAAGAUGACAUAUUCUCCUACAUGUCUGAAUGUGACAUUUGAAUGUGUUAUUUAAGCUCACCUUUUAUACCCUGUUAAAUCGCAAGUGCAAUUAUUUUGAAGUGAUUGUGCCAUAGGAGCCAACAAAUGUUCAGCCUUAACGUUUUAGAACUCAGUGAGGGCAUAAAAUGACCUGAAACCUGUUCCAUCACAGGAUCCAACUUUCUCUGCAGUAACAUUAGCAGAAAGUCAGUUUGUCUAAAGCCUUGAGCUUCAGGGCUUUUGGUUUCCACAGCUAAGAAGCAGCAUGCAAGUCUUGAAUAGCCAUGCCAAAUACCAAGUGUUGGUAAACAAGCUGCAACUGGACGGACAGAGGAAACGUGGUAUUUAGUAUCUUUUAUUAUAUUUUCCUAUCUGAAGUCUAUACAGUUUGAGUUUUGCAGAUGCCAAGAAAACUCCACAUACCAGAGUCCAAAGUGCAAAGUGCACGAUAGAUGAGAUAUUCAACACGUUAUGGCAGAAUUAAGGUCAAGAUUGGGGGACAAAGAUAAUGGUUUGACCCAGUUUUGCAGGAUUUUGCACAUCUUAGUGCAAGCGAAUGUUUUUCUUAGUGCUACAGGAUUCAAAGACAUCUAAGUCAUCGAAAUGCUUCCAACUUUGCAAAAAGUGCUGUCAACACAGACAUGGCUGGAAAACGUUGUGUGUGUAAGACACCUAGAGAAUGCUAAACUUACCUCCACGAAACACUGGGAAAAAAAUUGGGAUGAUGCGUGAUAGCCAUGCUUGCACGUCCAAAAUAAUCACCUAACUUCAGAAAUGCUCACCAUGUACAUAUUUUGAUUCAAGUUGAGAUGCUGCUUAAAUAAAAUAAACAACAAUUGAAUUGUAUAAGCCUGCAAUAAACAUACUGAAAUAUC